UUGAAGCCAACCGGAAGUGCGGUGACCGGCGGACUAAUGGCGGCUGCGGUGAAACGAGCUGAUGUUUGUUUUGCUUUCAGAAUCAUGAUGGUUCCGCUGUUUCUUCUUCCUCUGCUGUGUUUCCCGUUCCACUCCUCAGCCAAGAGGAACGACAGGCCCGUGGUGGGGGUUCUGGCUCAGGAGGUUUAUUUGAACCAGAGCUCGUACAUCGCUGCUUCCUACGUGAAGUUCCUGGAGGCAGCAGGAGCGAGGGUCGUCCCCGUCAUGAUUAACCAGACACCGGAGGAGUACCGGACCCUGUUCAACUCCAUCAAUGGGAUCCUCUACCCGGGCGGAGGAGUCAGCAUCAUCUCAUCUGGUUAUGAACGGGCUGCAAAAAUCUUUUAUGAGCUUGCUAUUGAGGCAAACAAGAGAGGCGACUACUUCCCUGUGUGGGGAACCUGCCUCGGGUUUGAGCAGCUGAUGUAUUUGACGAGUGGAAAGACGUUACUGACGAACACCAAUACAAGUGGUGUGUCUCUGCCUCUGGACUUCACUAAUGAAACCAGAGACAGCCGGAUGUUUAAAGGCUUCCCAGUUGACCUCAUGAAAGAUCUGGCAUCUGAGCCACUGACAGAAAACUCUCACACGUGGAGUUUGGCCUUGUUGACUUACAACACCAAUGAGGACCUGAAGACGUUUUACAAAGUUCUCUCCACAAACACGGACGGAAAAACCCAGUUUGUGUCAACAGUGGAAGCGUAUGAUUACCCAAUUUAUGCGACACAGUGGCAUCCGGAAAAAAAUGCAUUUGAAUGGACGCGGCCGUACAUUCCACACACUCCAUCGGCCGUCAGGACCACCUUCUACAUGGCAGAGUUCUUCGUCAGCGAAGCCAGAAAGAACUUCCACAGCUUUGCAUCCGAGGAGGGGGAGAACAAAGCGCUGAUAUACAACUACAAUCCUGUUUACACUGGGAAUCACAGCGCCUUCGAGCAGAUCUAUCUUUUCUGAGAGCCUCCUCAAACACUCGCUCCGGUAGCCUGAAGCACUCCUCGAAGAAGUUCACCAGGGACUGACUGAGGUGCUGCCUCGUUGCUUCACUGUGGAUGAAGUGGCCUUCGUCCGGGUAGAUCUGAGGGCGUGAGAACGUUAUUACACAAGUGGGUGAAGUUCCCAAGCUCACCACACACCAGAUCUCUAUAUAUAAGGGUUCUCAUAAUGAAAAUUCUGAUUGUAGAUCAUUGACAUUAAAAUCACGGCAAUUGUAUAAUUUUAACUACGUGGAUAAAGAAUAAAAAGCUCAAGGUUCAGUCAUUUAUUGUCCAAUCAACUGGGUUUAUGUUUAAAAUUAUAAAAAAAAAGAAAGCUCCCUUGAAACUAUUAUUAUUUUCGUUAAAUCAGAAAUGAAUCCAGCACCAGUGGGACGUUCAUUUCAUGAGCUUAACACACAUUUUAACUGAGUAAUCGUGUUUACUCGUGUUGACCUGAAACCCACAGAAGCUGCUGGGGAAACCAGGUCAAUGUGUGUGUGAGCAGAGUAACUUGUCUGCUGGUCAAUAACGAGCUCCGACGAACAUCCAGCCGCUCUUCACUGUCUCUUAAUUGGAUUAGUGCCGGUGUUAAUGCAGUUUGCCCCGCCGAGGUCUCAUAAUCUCAUUAUGUGGAAGAAAGGCAUUGUUAGCGGCUAAUCCUCCGCCUGCUGCGGGAUCCCCACUGGGAUGGAGAAGUCCCGGAAGGUUGGAGACUCAGCGAACCGGGGAAAAGAAAGACGAGCAGAGACACUGGAUGUGCGACGUAGAACCACGUACCUGUAAAGUGUAGUUGGCCUUCUCAUUGAUGAGCUGUGCAAUGAAUU